CGACACUGUUCACCUCCACUCCGCAGACUCCGGUCGGUCAGGCGCCAUCGCCCUCCUCCCCCGCCUCCCUCCGCGGCCAUGGCAGCCCGAACCCCGCUGGACGACGAAAACCUCCUCGGCGAGAUCCUCCUCCGCCUCCCUCCGCUGCCGUCCUCCCUCCCGCGCGCCUCCCUCGUCUGCAAGCGCUGGCGCCGCCUCGUCUCCGACCGCCGCUUCCUCCGCCGCUUCCGCGCCCACCAGCACCGCAAACCCCCGCUCCUCGGCUUCUUCUUCGAGAGGCACACGGGGGUCGCCUUCGUCCCCACGCUCGACCCGCCGGACCGCAUCCCCGCCAAGCGCUUCUUCCUGCCGCACGGCCGCGGCGGCGACGACUGGCUCUUCUGCGGCUGCCACCACGGCCUCGCCCUCCUCUACGAAGUGGUCCGCCAACAGGCCGUCGUGUGGGAACCCCUCACACGCCACCGCCGCACCGUGGCUUUCCCACCCGCCGGUUUCGACCACGUAGGAAACGCCGCGGCCCUCUGCGCAUCCCGCGAAGCCGGCCAUGUCCACGGCGACUGCCGCUCCAGCGCAUUCAAGCUGGUCCUGGUCCGCACCACCGGCACCCACGCGCUCGCCUGCGUCUACGAUUCGGGAUCCGCUGAAUGGGGCAACGUGAUCACAUCACCAAUUACAGAUAGAGCGGGCGGCAUCUGCUGGGUGAAGCCCAGCACCCUCGUCGGGAACACGCUCUACUGGCUGCUCUCUGGACGCAACAUCCUCGGGUUCGAUUCUGAGACGCACAGCCUUUUCGAGAUCCAGAAGCCGGCAGAUGCUCAGUACAAGGGCUACGAUUACUCCAACAUCCAGGUCCUGCGGACAGAGGAUGGCGGCCUAGGCCUCGCCAUCUUGUCAGGACCCAGCUUGCGACUGUGGGCGAUGAGGUCCAACUCUGAUGGCGGUUUUCUGGGAUGGGCGGUGCAGAGAACCCUUCAGCUCGACAAGCUCCUCUCGCUGCUGCUGCCUCGGAGGAAGGAUCAAGGCGUGAUGAUAUGGGGCUAUGCUGAGGAGAGUAACGUGCUCUUUGUAUCUGCAGAGCCUGAUAUUUUCAUGAUCCAGCUUGACUCGAUGCACUUCAAGAAUCUUAGGGGAACUGUUCACAUCACCAGAUUGUAUCCAUACUCAAGUUUCUUUGCUGCAGGCAGGGUAAUUGGCGGUAGAGAUGAUGUAACUGAGAUGUUGAACAAUGCAUGACAUAUUUCUCCUAUUAGAUCUGCUAAUGUGUUGUGUCAGGUUUGCGGAGUUGUUUGACAGCCAGCAAGGUGAAGAAAUAACAUCCUGGUGCAGUUCCAUUCCUUUUUUGGGCCACCGACGUACUGAUAUCUUGUUCCAUGUGGAUGCCAUGAUCUUCCACUACUCAUCCUUGAUAUGAAACAUGUUGAAAGUGUUAUCUAGCUCGCUGGAAUUCAGUGGUGUUUCUUUUAGAGGUGAUAAACCUGCAGAAUUUAACUUGUUCAUUGAAAUUCACCAAGUAGCUUUUAGAAGAUGCAAAAUGUGGCGUUAUGUGGUUUUAUUUUUUGAGAUGCACAAGUCCAACUGGUAUCGUGACUCUCUAAGUGUUGCAGUAGUGUUGAUUCUCUGCUGGUUAGCACUGGCUAGUCAGUGUCCACCGUUUGAA